AUGCCGUUUAAACAAUAUGUUGUUGUGGGCAGGCGGUUGCCGGAACAGCAGCUCGUCAAGGGCGCAGUGGACGACACGCUCUACAAGAUGGUUAUUUACGCGCCAGAUCCUGUUAAGGCAAAGUCGAAAUACUACUACUUUCUGUCGCAGCUACUGAAAACAAAGCGAUCAACUGCGGAAGUGGUGGCUAUUACGGAGGUCAAGGAGCGCGACACGACGCGCGUGAAGAACUACACCAUUUGGUUGCGGUAUCGGAGCCGCACCGGCCAGGUGAAUAUGCUGAAGGAGACUCGUGCAACAUCUGUUGCCGGAGCAGUCGAGAAUAUAUACCAAGAGAUGGCUGGGAGGCACCGGGCACGAGCUGAGUCCAUUCAGAUUCUCCGCGUUCAGGAGACGCCAAGCAGUCAGUGCAAGCGUCCGGCAACGCUACAGCUUAUUGACCCGCAGCUUCGAUUUCCACUGCCUCGUCAACGCCAGAGAGCAUCGAAGCAAUCGCUUCGAACAACGUUCAAGGCGAAACUACCGGUGACCACGAUAACCAAGUGA